GUAUAACUACUAUAUAUCCUGACUCCAUACAGAUAGCAGCAGCAGUAUACAGAUAAAGCUGGAGGGGAAUAACUACUGUAUCCCCUCAUCUGAUAAGGGCAUGCUUAGAGCUGCAGGUCUAGGUCAAUGCCAGACACUGAUGAAGAACAUUAUCACUCAUAAAGCAUGAAGCGGUCAUUCACUUGGGGUGUUGUAUGAUAACCCCAUAAUAACUGGCCUCCAGCUUCAUCAAAACAACGGAAACCGCUAACGAGGGAGGAAGUCAUCGUGUCAGCGUGACGUCAUCAGCCCGUCCCUGAUACUCACACAGCGUGCAGCCAGGCCCCGCCUCCUCUUACCUUACCCAGUCACUGACGUCACGGGGACUCCCCCGGAACGUUCAGAGGGGCGGGGCUUCCGAUGACGUCACGGCUGUUUAAAUGCUCUGAAGAGCCGAUCUCUGUAUUUCAGCGAAUUGUCGGCUGGUGAGGAGAGUGUCGCGACACAGGUCGCCGGCUGCGCCCAUUUUUAUCGAUCACUUACUGGAUUAUCCAAUAAACUACAACAAUGGGGCAGCUGUUCACUAAACUCAUGAGCAUCUUCGGCAACAGAGGUGUGAUUUUAAUAUUACCCACCCCGGUUACUUGCCCCAGAGCACAAGGUCAUCAUUGUUGGCCUGGACAAUGCUGGGAAAACCACCAUCCUGUACCAAUUUCUCAUGAAUGAAGUGGUUCAUACAGCGCCCACUAUUGGCAGUAACGUAGAAGAGAUUGUCCUGCGGAACACACAAUUCCUGAUGUGGGAUAUUGGGGGUCAGGAGACCCUUCGAGCAACGUGGCACAGUUACUACUCCAAUACUGAGUUUGUCAUUCUGGUGAUCGAUAGCACUGAUCGAGAACGUUUGCCAGAGACGCGUGAUGAGCUGUACAAAAUGCUGGCACACGAGGAUCUGCAGAACGCGGCGGUGUUAAUCUUUGCUAAUAAACAGGAUGUGAAGAACUCAAUGUCCGCCUCGGAGAUCUCUACCAUGUUAGCACUUAGCGCCAUAAAGGACAGAGCCUGGCAUAUUCAGGGAUGCUGUGCACUCACUGGAGAAGGGCUGCCUGCUGGAUUAGACUGGCUGAAGUCUCAAGUUACCGCUAGCUGACUUUGACGGGAGCCUCUAUAUUUAUUUUACAUACGCUGGACACUUUUCGUAUUUCUUUUGUACAAACUGCCUCAAUAUUUUUUUUUUUUUAUACCGACAUUUUUGCUUAUUUUAAGUGAAAAGAGAAGCAGCUGUGGACUUAGUGACGUGGGCUGUGGUCUGCUCCAGCCAAGUCAGGGGAAAAAAAAUAGCUGCAUCAAGUUACUUCGAAUCUGUAAGAACUCAAGACUUUUUCAGUUCAUGGUAAAACAUUCGAGGGACGGAAAAUUAAUUUUUUUUAAUGCAUCCAGACAUGCACUCUACAGUCCGUGUGUAUGUGUUUUUCAUACAGC